AUGCGGCAAUGCAUUGCUGACUCGUGGCCGUUCGUCGUGCCGGCGGCGACGUACGUGCAGGUAUGGUACAGCAAUGUCCCGCACACGAAGCUGGUGGAGGUGAAGGGCCACCAGAACUGGGUGAAGGUGAGCGGACAGUACCUGACCUUCCCCUGCGGCGGCACGCAGUUCAUCCAUGGCGCGCUGCACUACAUCGACUUCCUGCAGCAGUCCGUCCGCGCCGUCGCGUGGGGGAAGCACACGCGGGUGGUGCUCGACGUCGGCUGUGGCGUGGCCAGCUUCGGCGGCUACCUGUUCGAGCGCGACGUGGUGACCAUGUCGUUCGCGCCCAAGGACGAGCACGAGGCGCAGGUGCAGAUGGCGCUCGAGCGCGGGAUCCCGGCCAUCUCCGCCGUCAUGGGAUCCAAACGCCUGCCUUUCCCCAGCAAGUCGUUCGACCUUGUCCACUGCGCGCGGUGCCGCGUCCCAUGGCACGCCGACGGUGCGCCGCGCCGCCUCCCCCAUUCCACUUUGCGUCCUCCUUGUCCGAGAUCCCUUGCUGACGAUGCCGAGAUUGCCGUGUCCCCGUGUAGGUGGCGCUCUCCUCCUGGAGCUGAACCGCGUCCUGCGCCCCGGAGGUUUCUUCGUCUGGUCCGCCACGCCGGUGUACCAGAAGCUGACGGAGGACGUCGAGAUCUGGAAAGGCACCGCGGCGCGCGGUGGCUCUCGGAGUGGCCGCGGCGGGUGCGGACGCCGCCGUACUGGCUCAACGGCUCGCAGGCCGGGGUGUACGGGAAGCCGGCGCCGGAGGACUUCACGGUGGACUACGACCACUGGUGGCGCGUCGUCGACGGGUCCUACCUCAACGGCCUGGGCAUCGACUGGUCCAGGGUCAGGAACCUCAUGGACAUGAGAGCUGCAUACGGAGGGUAA